AUGGAUUUUUUCUGGGGAAGUGGCCAGGAAUCACGGCGCCUGCUUUUCUCUUUUUUGCUUCUUGCAAUCUGGAAGGGAGGGAACAGCCAGCUCCACUACUCCAUCCCCGAGGAGGCCAAACACGGAACCUUCGUGGGCCGCAUCGCGCAGGACCUGGGGCUGGAGCUGGCGGAGCUGGUGCCCCGCCUGUUCAGGGUGGCGUCCAAGGACCGCGGGGACCUUCUGGAGGUAAAUCUGCAGAAUGGCAUUUUGUUUGUGAAUUCUCGGAUCGACCGGGAGGCGCUGUGCGGGAGGAGCGCGGAGUGUAGCAUCCACCUGGAGGUGAUCGUGGACCGGCCGCUGCAGGUUUUCCACGUGGAGGUGGAGGUGAGGGACAUUAACGACAAUCCUCCCAUAUUCCCUGCGACACAAAAGAAUCUGUUCAUUGCAGAAUUAAGGCCUCUUGACACUUGGUUUCCACUAGAGGGCGCAUCAGAUGCAGAUAUCGGAAUCAAUGCUCUGCUGACUUAUAGGCUAAGUCCCAAUGACUAUUUUUCUUUGGAAAAACCAUCCAACGAUGAACGGGUAAAAGGUCUUGGUCUUGUAUUACGAAAAUCCUUAGACCGAGAGGAAACUCCAGAGAUUUUUCUAUUGCUCACAGCCACCGACGGAGGCAAACCCGAGCUGACCGGCUCUGUUGAGUUAUUCGUUACAGUGCAAGACAUCAACGAUAAUUCUCCAGUUUUUGACAGAUCCCUCUACACCGUGAAGUUACCAGAAAACGUCCCAAAUGGGACACUGGUAGUCAAAGUCAAUGCCUCUGAUUUAGACGAAGGUGUGAAUGGGGAUAUUAUGUACUCAUUUUCGACGGAUAUUUCACCAAACGUGAAACGCAAAUUCCACAUAGAUCCAGUUACAGGACAGAUUGUUGUAAAGGGAUCCAUUGAUUUUGAAGAAUGCAAAUCCUAUGAAAUUCUCAUAGAGGGCAUUGACAGAGGACAAGUCCCGCUUUCUGGACACUGUAAAGUUGUUGUAGAAGUUGAAGAUAUCAAUGAUAAUGUCCCAGAGCUGGAAUUCAAAUCUCCAUCACUUCCAAUCCUAGAGAAUGCUCCAGUGGGCACCGUCAUCGCGCUCAUCAGUGUGUCUGACAGGGACAUGGGUAUCAACGGGCAGGUGACCUGCUCCCUGACCCCUCAUGUCCCCUUCAAGCUGGUAUCCACCUUCAAGAACUACUAUUCGCUCGUGCUGGACAGCGCCCUGGACAGAGAGACCACACCUGACUAUAAGGUGGUGGUGACAGCCCGGGAUGGGGGCUCGCCCUCGCUGUGGGCCACAGCCAGCGUGUCCGUGGAGGUGGCUGACGUGAACGACAACGCACCUGUGUUCGCGCAGCCCGAAUACACGGUGUUCGUGAAGGAGAACAACCCGCCUGGUGCGCACAUCUUCACGGUGACAGCGAUGGACGCAGAUGCGCAGGAGAACGCCCUGGUGUCCUACUCGCUGGUGGAGAGGCGGGUGGGCGAGCGCUCGCUGUCGAGCUUCGUGUCUGUGCACGCGGAGAGCGGCAAGGUGUUCGCGCUGCAGCCCCUGGACCAUGAGGAGCUGGAGCUGCUGCAGUUCCAGGUGAGCGCGCGGGAUGCUGGUGUGCCUUCCCUGGGCAGCAAUGUGACUCUGCAGGUGUUUGUGCUGGACGAGAAUGACAAUGCGCCGCUGCUGUUGGAACCCGAGGCGGGAGUAUCUGGUGGAGUGGUGAGCCGGCUGGUGUCAAGGUCAGUGGGUGCGGGCCAUGUGGUGGCGAAGGUUCGCGCGGUGGAUGCGGAUUCCGGCUAUAAUGCAUGGCUGUCUUAUGAGCUACAGUCGCCGGCAGGCAAUUCCCGUAGCCCUUUCCGGGUGGGUCUGUACACGGGCGAGAUUAGCACCACGCGCAUCUUGGAUGAGGCGGAUUCGCUGCGCCAGAACCUUCUGGUGCUGGUGAAGGACCAUGGUGAUCCAGCAAUGACUGUUACCGCCACGGUGUUGGUGACGCUGGUAGAGAAUGGCCAGGUACCAAAGACUCCAUCACGAGUGUCCACGAGUGUCACAAACUCGGAGGCAUCACUGGUAGAUGUCAACGUGUAUCUGAUCAUCGCCAUCUGCGCGGUGUCCAGCCUGUUAGUGCUCACCCUGCUGCUGUACACUGCGCUGCGCUGCUCCACUGUUCCCAAUGAGAGCGUGUGUGGGCCUGGAAAACCAGUAAUGGUGUGCUCCAGCGCAGUGGGGAGCUGGUCGUGCUCUCAGCAAAGAAGGCAAAGGGUGUGCUCUGGGGAGUACCCACCUAAGACUGACCUCAUGGCCUUCAGCCCCAGUUUGUCUGAUUCCAGGGACAGAGAGGAUCAAUUGCAGCCCACAGGGGAUUCCUCUGGAAAGGUCAGUCUUACUAUCAUCUUUAAUUUGAAUUUUCAUAUGUGGUUUAUCACUUUCUUCACAAUUUUAUUUAUUACUGGACAUGGGAUUCUUGCUUGGUGGUCAUUUUCCUUCAGGACUUUGAAUAUAUCUUCUAGCAUGCAAAUUUUCCACUGA